UUUUUUUUUUUUUUUUGUUUCAGUACUCAGCACACGGCGAGCUAAAGGAGAAAGUCCCUGCGCAGAAGCUCUGACUGGGCGAAAUAUUCCGCUUGCCGCAGAGUAAUACGGUAAAGGCAGGAGAUUACGGUACUCGCUGAGGGUAGCGCCUGUUACAUCAGCGGUAGCUGCAAAGUUCCUGCCUGCUUUGGGCUGCGAUCUCCCCGCCGGGUCUCCCGGUGUCACAGCCCUCGGGGAGUUCUGGGACGGGGUCCUCGCCUUCUUCCCGGCUUGCUUUUCUCUUUGCUCUGGCCCUGCCUUUGCCCCCGCGGCGGGAGCCCAUCCCGAGCCCGGAGCUGGCGGGAGCGGACCGCUGAGCCCUCGGGUUCCCGGGAGCCGGCUCCGUGGGGACGGGAAGCAGGUUCUCCCGGCGGCCAGAAGGAGGAGGCGGUGGCUGCGGCGGCUGGACAGGUCCACGACCGGCCCCCGGGAAGACGCUCCGACCGGCCGCCUCCCACCCCGAGCGUCCGCCGCUGCGCCCCGCGACCGCAGACUAGGAGGCUUUCAAACAGAGCGGAGCCCUCCGGCCCGGAGCCGCCGCGGCCAUCUCCCUCUUGUUCCUUCAGUCCCGGGAUCGGGGACAUGCCCUGAAGCCAGAGCCCUAGGAGGGGCGGCGGGGGAUUGGAGGGGCUGAUCCUUCACCUCCUUUUCCCUCCAGAUGAGUCCGGGAGACUUGCGGUCCCCGGGAAGAAGGAACUCGCCGGAAUCGAACUGUCCACACCCCUUGACCUUGACCUGGUGCCCUUGAGCCUGAGGCCUUGAAUUCGUGAAAGGUCUAGCCACUAACGCCCGCGGGGGAGAGAGGGCGGAGGGAGAUCGUGUUCAUUUGGUUUUCAAGGUUUUCUUUGACGAGAACCGGAACCUUGGGAGUUAGGCAGCGAAACCCCGACGAAUCUCCUGAGUUCAAUCCCCUCCCCCUCCAAACUCUUCCCAUUUCCCAAUCUCGAAAUGCCUUCCCCACGCUGAGAACUUCUUGCGGAAGAGAAGGCUCUGGGACUUCGGGGGUGCAGAGACUGACGAGUUAGACCCUGUCCUCCGGGCUCCGGCUGGGUGGGGCCUGGAGUGGAGGGGCUAGAGGCGGGGAUCCUGCCUUCUGACCAUGUCUCCCCAAACUGCUUUUUCCUUCCCUCCGCCUCGGGUGGAUUUCCGACGUCAGUCUGGUUUGCCUCUGACAGCCCAUGUCGUGGGUGUUCUCAGCCGAGCCGAGCCCACGCACUCCUAGGAGACUCGAGCUUCCCAUCCACUAUCCGUCUGACUAAGGAUCCCAUUCCUCUCGGGAUUCUCUCGGGACCCUCUAGAAGAAGAGCUGGGAUUUGGGCCAGGUGGUGUCCCGGGGACCAUGGUGUUUCUCCCUGAGAAUGCCUCCGACAGCUCCAACUGCACCCAUGCCCAGGAGCCAGUGAAUAUCUCCAAGGCCAUUCUGCUGGGUGUGAUCUUGGGAGGGCUCAUCCUUUUCGGGGUGCUGGGAAACAUCCUGGUGAUUCUCUCGGUAGCCUGCCACCGGCACCUGCAAUCUGUCACCCAUUACUACAUCGUCAACUUAGCCGUGGCUGACCUACUCCUCACCUCCACGGUGCUGCCCUUCUCGGCCAUUUUGGAGAUCCUGGGCUACUGGGCUUUCGGCAGGAUUUUCUGCAACAUCUGGGCCGCUGUCGAUGUCCUGUGCUGCACUGCCUCCAUCAUGGGCCUGUGCAUCAUCUCCAUCGACAGGUACAUCGGGGUCAGCUACCCCCUGCGCUACCCCACCAUCGUCACCCAGAAAAGAGGUCUCUUGGCCCUGAUGUGUGUCUGGGCCCUGUCCCUGACCAUCUCCAUCGGACCUCUCUUUGGCUGGAAAGAGCAGCCCCCGGAGGAUGAGACUAUCUGCCAGAUCACCGAAGAGCCGGGCUACGUGCUCUUCUCAGCCCUGGGCUCCUUCUACAUCCCCUUGGCCAUCAUCCUGGUGAUGUACUGUCGGGUGUACGUGGUGGCCAGGAGGGAAAGCAAGGGCCUCAAACACGGCCUGAAGACUGACAAGUCGGACUCGGAACAGGUGACUCUCAGAAUCCAUCGUAAAAACGCUCCCUCAGCCAGCAGCUCGGGCUCCAGCUCCAAGAACAAGACACACUUCUCCGUGAGGCUUCUCAAGUUUUCCAGGGAGAAGAAGGCCGCAAAGACCCUGGGCAUCGUGGUGGGCUGCUUCAUUCUCUGCUGGCUUCCUUUCUUCUUAGUGAUGCCCAUUGGGUCUUUCUUCCCUGAAUCCAAGCCCUCGGAUACUGUUUUUAAAAUAGCCUUUUGGCUCGGAUACUUAAACAGCUGCAUCAACCCCAUCAUCUAUCCCUGCUCCAGUCAAGAGUUUAAAAAGGCGUUUCAGAAUGUCCUGAGAGUCCAGUGUCUCCGAAGAAGGCAAUCCACAAAACAUGUCAUUGGCUAUACUCUCAACCCACCCAGCCACGCCAUAGAACAGCACAAGGAUUUGGACUUUUAACUCUGAAAACACCUUCAAACAGCUCCAGCCGGAGCCAUUGAGGACACUCUAUGCAUCUGUUCCUUGCCCACAAACUUGGUCAUGGAGCAAGGCUGAUCUCAGCCUGUUUUGACUCCCAUCUUCAUAAACAAUGUUGGCUAUGAGCCCUGUGGCCCUCCAGAGCCUCUGCAAGAUGGGUGAGUGGAGAUCACAGUUUGCAAUUUUGCUGAUGGGGGUGGAAGAGCCACUGGCCACAGAGGCACAUGGUAACUGAGUUAAGCUUCCUACAGAGAAUACUCAAGCUGUCUGCAGAUGCUCAGCUCACCUCUCUCCUCUUCAUGUUCCCAGAAGCUCACUUGAUAAGGGAUGGCAAUCACAUAAAAAAGCCUUGUCUACACAACACAGGGAAGCUGUCCCACAAUGUUCUCUGCUCCUGAAGCAUGGAUAACUGGUACUGGUGAUACCAAAGUUGCUAUUAGAUUAAAGUGGCCAGCAAAGAUGGGGCUUUUUGUUUUCCUCACACUCAUCUCUGACAUUUGUUCAAAGUUGGGUAGCUGAAUAAUGUUUUCACUGCCUCUUAGAUCCAGGACAGGUGAUGAGAUGAAUGAGAAAAAUAAUUCUCUCGUUAUAGCAUGAUCAGGCAUUCUAUUGCUCACCUUGUGUAGUGUUGUGUAUUAAAAAAUGAGGGGAAUCAUCACUAAGAUAGACAAAGAACAAUAAAUCAAAAAAAUAAAUAAAUAAAAAGAAUCCAGGAUUAAAUAUACACCAUAUCUGGGAAAUGAAAGAACGAUAGAUUCAUAAAUUUAGAGCCUAGUGGUCAUCGAGUUUAAUGUCAUCAUUUAAAGUUAAGGAAACUAAAGCAUGAAGGGCCUUUACCAUGUAUAUGGCUCAACUAUGACCCAAAGCCGUAAAUGUAGUAAGAGUCAGAACCAGGAUUUGAACCUAGACAACAUGGAACAGAACAAAGAAUACUAGUUGGAGAGACAGCGUACCAGGAUUCCAUUCUCAGCUCAUCCACUUACUCUCUGGAUGGCUUUGGACAAACUCCUGAAGCUGGAUUUCUUCAACUGUAAGAUAAGGACAUUGCACUUGGGGACCACUAAGAUAUCUUCUAACUCUAAAUCUAUGGCCCUCUAUUAUCCUAAGGUGCUGGAAUAUUAAUGAGCCAUUAAAACUAUACAAGUCCAUCGCAACAUAACAGUAUGGUACAAUUGAAUGGAAUAUAAUACAAUGAAGAGACAAGGCAAAUUUGAAUCUGUGAAAGUAGAAGAAAAGGCAGAAAACCCUGAUGCCUGAGCUCAUUAUUUUAAGACAUUAGCCAUUAUUUUCAUGGCUCUCCCUAAUUAAUAGGAAUACAGAUCUAGAAUUGUGAGAAAUUUUAGAGGCAAGCCAACCAGUUCAUAGAAACACAACACAUCAGAGCUUAGAGGGACCUCAGAGUUGAUACAAUAUGACCUCCUCAUUUGAGGUAGGAUGGAACUCGGGCCAAGAGAGAAGUCCCUGUUCCUCCAAUGAGGGACUGAGCCAGAAGUUUGAAGGGUCUGUUAACAAUUUGUAGGCCAAUCUUCUUCCUUGACUGCAAGACAACCUAUUUUCUCUGCAGAAAUCCCUAGUUCCCCCCUUCAUCCCCAUCAUAAUGCAUGUCAGACUGAUUUACCAACUAAUGUCUACUAUUCAAAGCUUGGACACUGAGCCCACUUCUUUAUAACCUCACGGAAUCUUCUUCUGUUUUGUCCUGCCCUCUCUUUUGCCCUAUUUACUCCUCUUUACUUCCAUGAAAAGAGCUGAUUUCUCUGAUAAAUCACCUUCUUAAUCAUUUUUAUUCAAAGAAUUUUAUUAAGUUCCGAUUAUAUGCAAAGUUUUGUGAUAAAUACUUGGGACAGCAAGGCAAAAAAAUUGUUUACCCCUAAAAUGCAAUAAUUUGAAUGUCAUCUUUCCCAUUAGGAUGUGAGCUCCUUGAGAGCAAGAAGCUUUCUGUUUUUGCCUUUCUUUUUCGGCGCCUGGCCCAGAGGAAGUGCUUAAUAAAUGCGUCUUAAUUGUCUGAAGCUCUCCUGCUUUCAAGAAGCUCACAGUCUACUGAGACAUGGAAGUGGUGAGACAAAAUAUGUACAGAGAAGGAAACGUAAAGCAUUUGAGGGGGGAAAAGGGAUGUCAAAAGGAAUUGUUCUAGGAAGGUUUCAGGGACAGCCGAGAUGAGCCUGGGACAGAGAUCAUUCUUAAAGGAAGACAUGUUCUAGCCAGGGGGAAUCCACAGAAGCAGUUCACGGAAGAGCCAGAAGUCCAAUUUUACUGGACCAUGAAGGAAAGAAGUGGAAGAUAAGCAUCGGAACACAGGAUGAAGACUUAUCAUAUAGUAGGUUUGGGAUAUCGAGCUACAGAAUUCAUAUUUAAUGCCAGAAGGAAAGGAGAGUCAGAGAAAGUUUUUGAGCCAGAGAGUGAGAUCGAAUGUGUACAUUAGGAAAGUUGUUUUAGAAAUCAUGCAAAGAACAAGGGGAUGGAGACACUAUAGAAAGAAGGGCAGGUUAUUAAUCCAGGAAAAGAUGGUGAGGGUCGUACUAGGGUGGUGACAUCAGGAGCAGAGAGGAAGAACUGGAGAUAAAAAGUAUAAGGAGGACUCUGUGACUGGUCAGGCAGAGGCAGGGAGCAGUCAUUCUGAGAGAUCUGAAAGAACCAAAAUAUUUAGUUCAAAAUGUUUAAUUCAAAAUAUAUUCUUUGACAAAUUUAUUCAUUUAGGUCCCAGAACUUUAGUAGCCAUCAGAUCCAGUCCAUAUAUUAAAAAGAAUGUUAUAGAGACUAUACCUGACAGAUAGUCAUUCAAUUCUUGCCCUGAGACUUCCAGGAAGGGAGGACAUACUCCACAUGCAUGCACACACAGAGAUACACACACACAGAGAUACACACACACACACACACACACACACACACACACCCCAAGGUAAUUUUUAGAAAUCUCUGCUUUUCCUGGGAUCAAGUUAAAUGCUUCUUCUCCAUAGCUUCUCCUCCCUGCUCCUAUUUCUACCCUCUGGGACCAAGUGGAAUAAUCUAAUCUGAUUGUUCUGAUACAUACAAAUCUUAAUUUAAGACUGUACUUUAAGACAAUUGUCAAAUCUUCUCAUUGUAAAUAUCCUCGGUUCAUUCAAGUGACACUCCUAUGACUUAGUCUCUGGAUUCUUCACUGUCUGGCUUUCCUUCCUCUGGAGGCUCUCUUACCUAAUCAGAGUCAAAUCAACCCAAGUUCACAGAGCUCAGUCUUAUGAUAUACAUCUCUCAAGACCUCAAUUGUAGCCUCAGGUUUCUCCAGUUUUGAUUUUCAAAUCAUAAAGUCAUAGAACAAUUCAUUUAGACAGAAAGGGGCCCAUAGGAGCAAUCAAAUGAAACUCUUUUAUCUUACAGGUGAGAAUACUGAGGCACAGCGAAGUCAUUUGACUUGCCCAGGAUUGCACACAUAUUACAUAUCUGAGACAAGUCUCGUAGGACCAUAGAUCUAGAACUAGAAGAACCAUUUAGAACUUGAAAACCAUGGAGACCAUCAAGCCAAGUCCCUCCUUUUAUAGAGCGACUUGUCCAGGACUACACAAUUAAUGUCUUAGAGGGGAUCUGAAUUCAGGUCUUCUUCCUCCAGCACUCUAUUCCCUGUACCACUAAGUUCCAGACUUUACACAAGCAAUGGUAUGACCUGAGUAUGGCUAUAUGCCAAGCUCAUCGUGGUCCAAUCUAACUAUGGACACCGAGUCACAUUCUUUGGCUAUCUUCUUGCCCCAACCUUUUCCAUACAGUCUGCUCCUAACUCUGGUUCUUACACUUGUUUUAAGCCAUGAGUAAAUCUGGGGCAUGGAUUUCAUGUUCCACUUCAGCUUUGUAUAAACAUGUUCUAUUCAUAUCAAUCAUCUUUUCAGUUUCUAGGAAGAAAACGGCUAGCUUGUUGCAGGAUUUCAUUGGUCAUCCUUGACACAGAGAAAAAAAAUUAAAAAAUUAAAUGCUUUGGACAAUCAUAGACAUUAGAGAACAGAAUUGGGAGUCCAAGGAUUUGGGGAAAUGCCUUCCCCCAACUCUGGUCCUUAGUUUUUAUCUAUAAAAUUAAGAGUUUGGACUACAGGAUCUAUAAAAUCACCACAGCUCUAAACCUAUGAUAUGUGAUCAAUGAUUAAUGUUAAUUCCACAGGAGCAUUUUCAUUGAAAUAUGAAUGUACUUCAUCAUGAAUGUAAGUUCCUCAUGGUAGGGAUUGUUUCAUUUUUUUGUAUUUGUAUCCUUAGCACCCUAGUGCCUAGAAUAUGAUAAGUAUUUCAUAAAUAAUUAUUGAUGAAUAGAUUUAUUUUGGACCUGAAUAAAUACAGAUUUGCCUUAUAGCUUUGCACUUACAAACACAGAUAAAUAAGAGAGUGGGAAAUUUUAUGUAAUUCUUCUAAGAUCAUGUUGUUGUUUUUUUAAUUUGCAGCCAUAUAACACAAAAACUUGACAUUAGACAUAUUUUCACUCAUUAUUGAAAUUCUUACACAGUUUCCCAUGAUUUUCUCUAUUCUUCUGUUGUGGCCCACAUCACGACCCACCUGAAAUGAACAGCCAACCUAGAAUCACUAAUGUACUGACUCAAUUAGUUGUUCAUCCAACUGGAUGCUAUAAUCUGGUCAAUAUGCACUUUUCAUCCAUUUUAUUUUUUCCAUUAUGAAUGACUUUGCUGACUUACAUCAUUUGAAUAUGAAUUGGGUACUUCGUGAAAGAAUGAUUCUGUUUCUUAAAAGGGAUAAAUGUUUGUCCCACUCAGAUUUCCUCUGGUUUAUCUCAUGCUAAACAAAAGUAUAAUUCAGUAUGUCAUGAUAAACUGAAGCAUAAAGUAUACAUUUUAAGAGUAAUUUGAUUUCUCCAGCCUCACCAAAAAAAGUUGAGAAGAAUCUUACUUUUAUGGAACUGUUUUUAUUUUUGCUAGACUCAUAAUUUCAUUGUUUUGGAAGCUAAUUCUACCAAAGCUGAUUGGUACCCCUACUGCAACUAUAGUUCACUUUUCUGGGACACUGUUAGGUCAAGUGUAGACAGAACUAUUCAAGAAAAUGCCUAGUGCAUGAAGUUAAAAAUAUAUCAUAGGUUAAUAGACUCAGAUCCAGAAGACAUAAUAGAAGUCAUCCUGUCCAACUCCCUCACGUUACAUCUCAGAAAUUGAAGUUCACAAAGAUGGCUUUCCCAAAGUCACACAGCUAUCAUGUCAGAAUAAAGUCAGCUCACACUUCCUCUGUCAUGGGGAUGAUGAGGAGAGAGAAAUCUCAUUUGGUGUUAAUUGAUUUCUCAAGUUCGUGGCAAGAACUUAUGCCCAAGAAAUUGAGUUCAUUCAUUUGUUGAUUUUGAGCAAAAAGGAUUCCAUGAUAUUCUUAUUCCAGCAAAAUUGUUUUAUUUGCUGUUCCCAAUAUACAACAUUUCAUUUCUUUCCUCUGUGUCUUUGCAACUCCCCAUAUCUGGAGUUCCCUCCCUUUUCACCUAUGCUUCUUGGAGCUAAUAACUCACAGUAAGUUUCAUAUUGAAUAACACCUCUUCGACAAGAUUUUUCCCAGCCUCCUCAGUUGUACCAAACUUGUGAUCAUGUUGAAUUGAUUUAUCUGUAUGCUUCUUGUCUUCCUUCAAUAAAAGGCCAGCUCCUUGAGGUCAGGAAUUAUUUUAUUUUUGCCUUUGUUUCCUCCAGAGUCUAGUACAGCACCCGAUAUGUGGUAGAUGCUUAAUUGAAUUACUUAUUGAAUUUAACUGAAUCUAAACUCUAUUUCUCCUCUAGUUCUAACACAAUGUUCUGAACCAAGUAGGUGCUUAAUACCCAUGCACAGUGUUCUGCACCGAGUAGGUGCUUAAUAAAUGCACUUGUCAAGCACUAUUAAAUUUAAACAAAUCAUCACAUCAAGAGGUACAAUGUAGUAGAGUUUAAAAAAAAUCUUCUAGUUUGGUUGAUCACUAGCUUUGUAAUUUGAGGCAAGUCACUGGACCUUAAAGAGUUUUAUUUUUCUCAAGUCUAAAAUGAGGGGAUUCAUCUAGGUGUCCUGUGUGGUCCUUUACAGCUUCGAGUCUAGGUGCCAUCUAACUUUCAAAUGAAGGCUCUCUUUAAAAAGGAAACUUUGCUUUGGAUCCAAUCCCAUGUCCAUUGUCCCGAUCUGAAUUUUGAUCCGUGUCUAAAUGAAUGAGUUAAUGAGCACUUGCAAAAACAAACAUGCAAAAGCCAAGAACAGGUUUCAGGAUCUAAUUGUUCAUAUUCUUGGAGACGUAACACAGUGUAACAGUCUCUCUCUAUUGUGUUCUCAUGCUUACACAACUUUCCUUUCCACAGUCCAGAUUCUAAUUUCUCUCCACCAUCCUCCCUUGCAAAGUUCACAGAUACAGGAAAUGCAACCGCAGAAACACCAACACCUGCCAAGGGAAACUGUCAAGACAAAUGGCUGCCUCUCAGCCCCAGGAUUUGGCACAGUAAACUAGCUCCAUCACCAAUUCUUCCCCAAGCACACACAGCUCUCCCUUCUUUCCCAUUUUACCUUCUAUCCAAGGCUGAACCUUUAAAGGGCCAGUGGAUGACAAAUCUAGGCCCCUUUUGUUUAUGCCAUUGGAAAUCUUGGGCCUCAGAAGCCUUUUUCUUCAGUUCUCUUUAUAUUGAAAAAAGUAAUUCAGUUUCUUUUCUGCUAACUCAUCAUGUAAAUAAACAUGCGUGAGCAACUAAUCCAUAGCCAACAGCCAAUGCUUUGUGAGGCAUUAACAAGCCGGUGUUGUUCUCCGUGAUGCAGUGUUAUUUUAAAAACAACAGUAACUGAGAAGGGCUGAGAAAUGGGUGGUGUCUUUUAAUCCAUUUUUUAAAUGCUGGCUUUAGAUAAUAAUUAAAUCUCUGUACUUCUGAAGAAGAGCUUAAACUUUGGCACUAAAAGUUGGAUGAUGUUCAACUUAUGUUAUGUCAAGGGGAUUUACAGCUGAGAAGGAUGACUCAUUAUGUGUAAGAGUAGCCACAAGCCUUGAAUGGUACUUCAAAAAAAAAUUCUAAGGGAAAGGUUUUACUAGUGUCAACUAGUAACUGAUAGGAUUCUGCUUAUUCCUCCUAGCAUGGUAUACGUUCCACCCCAAGUAAAGGUUCAUUACAUCCUUGUGAAAUUAUAGCUCUGGUUCAAUAGCAUGCGACAAUCCUCCUCGAAGCAUGAGUCUGAGCUCGUUUCCCAGCUGGCUGCCCCUCUUCUGCUUGUUUUCUAAUAAAAGUUACCCAGGAUACAUACUCUAUGUAGUAUCCAGAACAGAUAGGUACUGUGUGGGGCUGCCCAUCAGAUAGAGUGGUCUCCCACAUAACCCUUAACAUAAGCUCAAUAAAGCUCCACCCCCAUUCCCUGUGAAAUUUCCACCAAUGGACCAGCCAUCCACGAUUCAUCCUCAUCCUCUUCUAGCUUUGGGUAUUUGAUCAUUUCUGUACAUGAGAUUUUGAGUGGAUGGUACCUUUUGGUCUUUUUAUUUUGUGAAAAAAAAAAUAUAUAUAUAUGUAUAUAUCUCUUUCCUAAAUAUUGUGGCAAUGUGGGUUGUGUUGUAUAUGCUGUCACAGACUGAAUGCUCAUGUUCCCGAUAGGUCUGUUCAUGAGCUUGACUUGCAUCCUGCCUUGCAAAAAUAUCUGUCUACUUGAAUCAGCUGCAGUAUUUUGCAUUGACACCCAAGCUGAAAAUGGCUUUUAAGACGUUUUAUUCUCAUGGAAUGGACUAUCUUUGAACCAUGAUGUUUAAAUGUUUCUGAAUUUUCCAAACACCAUUUUUAUAAAACCAUUGAAAAAAAAUCAUGCUGGUCAUUUUUCUUGAAUUAAAUGAAUGUAUAAAUUAAUUAAUAAGCUGACAAGUAAAUUAUUGGGGGAGGGAUGUGCUUUGUGGCCAUGCGAUUCAUUCAUGUUUUAAGGGAGUUGUUCUAUUUGUUUCAAUGAUGUAAUUCAAAUUAUAAGUAUUUACACUCCUAUCAAUACAGCAACAUAUUUAUGUCUUGUUCAAUAUUGAAAUGUGUCCUCUAAUAAAAUAUUUUAAAUGUC